CCUUCGAGUUCUGCGGCUUCUGGGUGCUGUCGGUCGCCGUAAGUGGCGUUUGUUCCGGCGUGCGCUUGGAUGACGUGGCGUGGACGGCGGAAGCGGCGCCUCCUUUCCUCGGUGGCGACGGCGGCGACGACGGGGAUGGCGCCGGCCGGGGUCCCGUGGCGCGUGGUGGCCUUGUUGGUUUUGCCUGGCCGGGCCGACGAGCAUGACCACACGUACCAAGAUAAAGAAGAAGUUGUUUUAUGGAUGAAUACUGUAGGACCAUAUCACAAUCGACAGGAAACCUACAAAUACUUCUCUCUCCCUUUCUGUGGUGGAUCCAAAAAAAGCAUUGAUCACUACCAUGAAACUCUUGGAGAAGCACUUCAAGGAGUUGAACUAGAAUUCAGCGGUUUGGAUAUUAAAUUUAAAGGUAAAAUAACCAUAAGUCACUAUUGCUGAUGUUUUAAAAAUUACUGUAUUUGUUUG